GAUAAGCACAGCCCGAGACGCGCUGUUCGAGCCCGGUUCAGAAGCCGGAAAAAACGUGAGAAUCACCGCACCCGAAUCCACAUCCGGCAUCCUUUUUGUCUGAAAAAACAUUAUAAAAAAAGCGAGAGACACCCUCCUCUUGGUCUUUCUCCCCCACCCUGUCCGUCCCCGAAAAGCUCAUCGUGCUUAUAAAUACAGGACCCACCCGUAUCGUCGUCCGCUUCCGAAUUUCCGAUCGAGCUCCAGCCCCCACCGGAUACCACCGCCUCCACCAACCGAUUCCGUUCCGUCCCCCCGGCCCCGACCUCGUCACCACCGGUCACGCUCGAGCGGGAGGCUUCUCUCGCCACCCACCAGCGGAUUCCUACAGCUCCCGCGCCGAUCGCGUCGCGGACCCGUCCGGAGGAUAAUGCAUAUGGGCUAAUCUGAUAAGCUGGUGCCUUGCAUGGGAACCCGGUUGUAGCUACUACACCACUACAGUAUUGUGCUAUAGUAGUUACUGUCUGGCUGCUGCUGAUCAGUCUUGCACGCAUGACUGUUACUGGAAUUUUAGUUGCAAUUUUGUAAUUGAUGAUGUGAUGCUUCGAAAGAUUUAUCUUGUAUAAAUAUAUGAACAAUUAAAUGUGCAUAUAGAUCACAAAUUAAGGGACAAUCUUGUUCUGACAAACAAACAAUAAAAGAUCAGUCAUUUUUGUGGUGCAAGAUAUAAUGGCCCUAUGGACAGCCAAUGCUACUGAAACUUGAAUCGCAGAUUAUAUAUAUAUUGCAAAAUGUUGUAUGAUACAAAGUGUAUGCGCCUUUAGUAAACACAGUCCUCUUCAUAUAACUGAUUAACAUUUUUGUUACCUAUAAGGUUGUGAGAUCAAGUUAUCAGGACAUCUGCAUAUCAGCAAGAAUGAAACUAUUUUACCUUUUCCCCCUAAAUAUGGACUAUUCAAUAUCUUCUGCUAGCUAGGCCCACUCAUGUGCAAGUUUCUUUUGUCAAUAUUUUGCUCCCACUUACAAACUUCAGCAUGUACUGGGAAUUAUCUUGUCUGCUAACAUCAUUUACUUAAACGUGACUUGCUUUACAUUUUACAUCUCUGUUAUCCAUAUUAGAUUGAAUGCUGAUCGUGUUUGGUCUAUCUCGUAUGCAGGGAGAGGUGAUGAUAAAGGAUAUUUGCUGACCAAACUUGCAGUAUUUCUCCUUAAGGAAAUAGAAAUUGGCGUCAUGUCAUAUAGAAAUAUGCUCUGGACACAUCAGUCCGUUAAUCCUGAAUGGGAGCAAGGACAUGUCCAAGUCCAACCAAGAAGUUCCUAUUAUGCAGGCACUGUAAGUGAUUCAUCCAACCUGGGCAUGCAAGUUGCUGUUGGUGUUCCAGUAAAUACUGUUAAUGUUGGUAUAUGUGAUCUGUGGAAUCAUGAGCGCCUGCCUGUUCAUAAUUCAUACCCACAUGCCAGUGUUACAUCGAGAUUUGUCCUCCCAACUAGUAUGUACAACCCUUGCAUGCCAGCAGCAGCUGUCAACAUAUAUAUUCCUCAGACUCAAAGCUUUGGACUGGGCAAUGUGCUACCACCAUCUUUACAUAGUCAAGUUUCCACAGGAACUAUUGAUGAGAAUAACAGCAGUUUCAAUUUUGGUGAUAGUGCCAUUGGAUCCAUGAAAAGGAAAACCGCAGUAGUUGCCGGAAACCAUCACAUUCUUCAUGGAUUUGCUGGCUCAAGUUCAUCUGUUCAUGUCCCUCAGAAUCCUGUGUAUGGGCCAUGGAAUGCUUCAUCUCAAUCAAAUUGUUUACCCAGUUCUGCAGCUUCAAACCUACCAGAAUACCACAAUAGUAAUGGGUGGCCGUUCUUAGAAGAAUCUUCUGCAAAUGCUUCAAACAGUUUCACUUCAGUGGAUGCUUGUCCAGAGUUGGUACCUCAUGGUAACAAUUUAUAUCCAGCUUGUCACAUAAUACAGUGCAAUACAUGGGUUCCACAGACUGCAAGUCAUGGAGUACCACAGUGGGGAUAUGGUAAUGUCAUGGUCAAUCCUCCAGGAACCGUAGACAUGCCGAAUGGAAAUAUUCAGGAUUAUCAAGCUGGGCAUUCUUCUAUUCAUGGGCCACUACCUCAUUUCUGCCAGAUUCCUUUGCGUAGUAUGCAAGUACCUCAAAUACAAGUACCCCAUCAACAGUUCAUCGGUAACAAUGUGGUGCAUGGUUUAAAUCCUUCAGCCGCAGGCCUUCCGUUAGAUCCAAGAAUGCUGGCUUUCCCAUUCAAUGAUGAGCACACUUUUGGGCAUCAAGUGCAUCCACCUCUGAUAAACCAAGCCAACAAUGGGGCUUUAAGAAUUCUGCCAUAUCAGAAUGCUACAGUGAUGGAUCAUUCAAGGAUUUAUGAAGCAGGACAUGUUAUUGAUGAACAUAGAGAUAUGCGUUUAGAUGUGGAUAACAUGACUUAUGAGGAGCUUGUAGCAUUGCAAGAGCAGAUAGGUGAUGUCAAUACUGGUUUGACAGAAAGCUAUAUCCAAGAAAACUUGAGGUCCACUUUUCAUGUUCCAGGAGCAGCUAGCAUUUCUGAUCAGUUCUGUGAGCUUUCGUUAGAGAACGAUGCUUGCAUAAUAUGCCAGGAGGAGUAUGAAGCUAGAGAACUUAUAGGAGCCCUUGAAUGUGGUCACAAGUACCAUGAGGAUUGCAUAAAGCAAUGGUUGAUGGUGAAAAACGUGUGCCCCAUCUGCAAGACAACAGCUUUGUCAUCAGAUAGAAGGAAUGGAUGAUCUUCGCCAGUAACAUUAUUGGUUAUUUACCGCGUGGCAAGUUAGCGCGAUUUUGUAUAUAGACAGGGUUGCCUUUAUUUGCCGUCCCCCUUCGCUGUGGACAUAAACUGUACAGAUAUUAUUUUGUAGGAUAUUUUAGACGUUAAAUGGCACCAUGGUGUGUAAGGCUCCCAUGGUUGCCUUGGUAGAUCCUCCCUUCCUUUACAUUGUAUUUAUCUUUACUCUUCAAAAAAGAAGCCCGAAAACAUGUAUAUUUUGGAAGUGAAAGAACCGAUUUUUUUUCUUCAA